GCCAUCCGUGCAGUCACGACAACAGGUCAACUACAAAUAAGAAACGACAGAACAUACACAAAAUGAUAUAUAUAUAUCGACGACAGUAGGGGGAGAGAGAGAGAGAGUGUGCCUCGGAGCCUCCGCAGCGAUUGAGGAUCUGUGCUCUUCUCAAUUGCUAUUGGUCGUUUGGUUAGUGCAGUUUUCUGGGGGGCUAAGAUGAGCUUCACUGGUCCUUCAGUGGGUUCUGGUGGUCGAACUGCUAGAAGGGUAUUUGAGUUUGGAAGAACCUAUGUGGUAAGACCUAAAGGUAGACACCAAGCCACUGUAGUUUGGCUGCAUGGCCUUGGUGAUAAUGGCUCAAGCUGGUCCCAGCUAUUGGAGAGCCUUCCUCUUCCAAAUAUCAAAUGGAUAUGCCCUACUGCUCCUACCCAGCCAAUUACUGUUUUUGGUGGCUUUCCUUCCACUGCUUGGUUUGAUGUUGGAGACCUGUCAGAAGAUGCUCCUGAUGAUUUGGAGGGUUUGGAUGCUGCAGCAGCACAUGUUGCAAAUUUGUUGUCAACAGAGCCCACUGACAUUAAACUUGGCCUUGGAGGCUUCAGUAUGGGUGCAGCUACUGCCCUAUACUCUGCAUCCUGCUUCACUCAAGGAAAAUAUGGGAACGGCAAUCCAUACCCAGCCAAAUUAAGCGCAGUUGUUGGCUUGAGUGGCUGGCUUCCUUGUUCAAAGACCUUGGCUAACAAGUUACAAGGGGUGGACGAAGCUGCAAGGCGUGCUGCAUCCUUGCCCAUUUUGCUCUGUCAUGGCAAAGGUGAUGAUGUGGUUCCUUAUAAAUUUGGUGAUAAAUCCUCACGGGCCCUGAGUUCAAGUGGAUUUCAGGACGUGACAUUCAAAAGCUAUAAUGGGCUUGGCCACUACACAAUCCCUGAAGAAAUGGAUGAAAUCUGUGGUUGGCUAACUUCAAAGUUGGAGCUUGAGGGGGGCUCUUCAUAAGAUGUAAUUUGUAAAUCUUGAGUAACGGCAAGCGAGCAAGAAGACAAGAGGGAACAUUUGUCUGCAGUUCUAAGCAACAAAGUGAGUUGCUAAAAGUGGUUUGGGGUGUGAUAUACACAUUACUUUGUCAUUGGUCUCUGGUAUUUAAUAUUAUUAUUUUGGUGGGUUGGCACCUAGAUAAACCAUACAUGUGAAAUGGCAUUUAUUUGGGUUAUUAUCAAGCUGUUUGGAAUUUAUUA